AUGAGUUCUCAGUUUCAAAUGAGUGGGGCAGCAGCAAACUCAAAAUCUUCACAAUCAAAACUUAUUCUUAUCCCGUUUAUUACAAACAAGCGGUUCAUUUUAAGCAAAAUAAGAAAGUAUAUAUCAAAUUAUAAUAAAAAUAUGCUAGUUAUCCUAUUUCAAAUAUAAAUUAGGAUAACGGCUAACCAGUAUAAAUGCUUUUAUUUAUUGCAAUUAGGCAUUAAAACGAAUUUUUAAAAAUAAACUAAUAUAGAUUUUUCUAAAUAGGGUGAAGAAUUAGUCCUUUAGAAUCUAACUAUUUCUCCCAGUUAUUCCAAAAUGCAGACCAGUCAGGAUCUGGGCAAAUUGAUGGCCGAUCAGCAGUAAACUUUAUGAGAACUUCAAAUCUCCCUGUCGACAUCCUGAAACAAAUCUGGGCGCUUUCAACUCCAAAUAAAGAACCUUUCCUAGACGCAGAACGUUUUAACAUCGCUGUCAAGCUCAUUGCCUUUGCCCAAAAUCAAAAACCUAUUUCAUUGCAAUCUUUGAAUGAAAAAUGCCCUCUCCCUAGGUUUGAAGGAAUUGAAAUACCUAAAGAAACUGCUGCAGAUGAUUGGGAAAUUAACGAAAAUGAUAGAAAAAUCUAUAAAGAUGCUUUUAAAAAGCUCAGUGGAGAUAAAGGGUUUUUAAAUGGAAUGGAAGCAAGAGAACUCUUGCAAAGGACACAAUUUGCUAUGCCAAUUUUGAAAAAAUUGUGGGGCUUAUGUGAUCCGGUCAAAACGGGGAUUAUGAAAGAAGGACAGUUUAUGGUAGCAAUGCAGAUUAUUGCAAAAGUAAGGUCGAAAGGCAUUGAGGUACCAGAGUCAUUGUCAGCGUCUUUGCAAAGAGUUUUAGACUCUUCACAAGAUGCAUCUCCUUCUAAAAGUCCGCCUUUGUCAAGAGAAAGCUCAUUAAUAGAUAACAAUCAGCCAACAAAUGCAUCUCUACCAAAACCUCAGCCAAAGCAAUCAAUUAAGUCAGUGAAAUUUAAAGAGCCUGAUAUAGAUGCUGAGCCUGUCCCAGUCCAUGAAAAAACUCCUAAAGAUUAUUCAGAAAAACCUGAAAGACCAUCUUAUCAAUCUUCUUCUAGAAGAAAAGAAGCAAGGCCAAUGAAUAGUAUAGUCCAUGCCCUAUAUGGGUUUCUUUAUAGAACAAAAUGUAAUGGACGAUUGAAAUACCAAGUCAGACUCUAAUAAAAGGACGAGCUGGAUUUCUAUGCCAGGAAGGUUAAAAGUGGCAUGUCAGAAAAUGAUUGACUAGUGUGAACAAAAUUGACAAGUAAAACUCUCCAAUUUUUUAAUAUGGCUUUAUUAUAAAGAUUAAUUUUAAAAUUAAUAAGACUUACACUGAUAAUAUCUUACAUAUUUUUUUCCUAUUUUUUAUCGAAUUAAAUAUAAUUAUAGAAAAUUAGAUAUUGAUAAGUUUAUUUCCUACUAUAAUUCCAAAGUCGCUAUGUUUUUAAAGGCUUUAGAGAUAACUAAAUAGGCAAAAAAAAAUUAGGCUAAAAAAAAAAUAGGCCGAAAAAAAAAUUAGUCCAAAAAAAAAUAGGCCAAAAAAAAAUAGGGCUAAAAAAAAUUAGGCCAAAAAAAUAGUCGUUAUGGUGUAGGCGUCGUGUGAAGGAACCACUUUAAACCUUAGAGGGCACUAUCAGAGUAAUAAUUAUGUUUCAAUAUCACUUGAAAAAUCGUCUAUAAAAAAAGUUUUAUUUUUUAAAAUUUCAUAGGGAAGAGAUUAUAAUUUUAUUAGUAUCUUAAAAAAGUUAAAAUACUUAUCACUGUCAGUCUAAAAGGUAUCUUUAAUAUAAAAUUAAUUUUUAUGCUUGCUAUCUUUGUUCGCACAUGUCAAACAUUUUUGACAUGCCUCUUUUUUAUACCUUUUCUGGUAUAGAGAUCCAGUUCACCCCUUCGAUAGAGUCUGACCUGGUCGUCCAACCAUUCAUUAUAUUUUGUUCAAUAAAAAAAUCUACAUAGGCGUAUGCGCUAUAAUGAACUUGAGUUUGUAAUUGAUGAAAAAGAAGAAAUCCUUACUCCCACACUCCCUCCAUAAACGAACAAAACCAUUAUAAUAAUCCUUUUUUUGGGUAUAAACCCAUCCUCCAUGAACGAACCAAAUAUCUUUUCAAUAUAAAUUGUUUUAUAAAAAUAUACUGAUAUAUAAAUGAUAGCUAUUAUAAUGAAAUAUCUAGCUAAUUUUGCUGAAUUUUAAACAGCUUCAUUUUUAAUACAUAAAUUUUAUAAUUAAAAUUUUCUCAAAUUUGGAUUUUUUAAAUUUCAAAAAAAAUUAACUCCUCUCAACGAGCAAAAUUUUUUUUCGCUACCGAAGGAGUUAGGAGACAAGAAGAUUUGCUUCGUUCUAUCUCUGAUAUGCUAGAUUUAGAUAGAAAUGAGCUUGAUUUAUUUAAGCAAAAAAACAAGCAAUUAGAAAAUAAAGUAAAGGAGCAUGAAGAUCAGAUUAAAAAAAUGCAAAAUGAGCUGAAUAAAUAUAAAGCAAAAUUCGAUGAAACAUGAAAAAAACAGAAAGAUGAUUUAAAAGCAUUACAGCAAGAAAAUACAUAUUUAAAAGAUAAAACUUCACAAUUAGCUGAGAAAAAACCGUCAGCACCUCCACAAGAGUAUCCUGUGAAGAAGCCUGAAGUGAAGGUCGAGUCUCCAGUUCAAGCAAGACCUAAUCUUCCUAGCCAACUUUAUCCAUCUUUGCAAACUCCUACAAAUCUUCCACAGCAGUCAUUUCAGACAUCUGCUCCUUCUCAGUCUUUUGCUUUUCAAAAUCAAGCAAGUCCUCCUUCUCAGCCAUAUCCUCCAUUACAAGCCAACCCAGAACCAGUUGUGCAAAAGCCUAUCAGCCAAAGAGGAAUGAAUCCUUUUGAUUUUGACACUUCAGUGCCAGUAAACACAAGUAUGCAGCCUAAACAAGAUUUUGGAGGAUUCUCUGGUAGCAGUCAGCCUUUUAGUAAGCCAAGACAGGAAUUUGGUGGAAGCAAUGAUAGCAGCCAACUUUAUAGCCAGCCGAAGCAAGAUUUUCCACAAAAUCCUCCUUCUCAGUCAGGUUUUCCACAAAAUCCUCCUCCCCAAUCAGGUUUUUCAUUAGAAAACACUCAGCCAGAGCCUCCCAAACCAAAUAAAAAAUUUGAUGCAUUUUCUUUUGUGUCCCAACCAAAACCUGAGGCAAAAAUCGAGCAAAAAAUAUAUGAUCCUCCUUCAUUUAAACAGCCAGGAUCUCAGCCUUCAUCUUCUCCAUUUGAUUUUUCCCCUCCUAACUCAAAAGUUCCAGCACAAGAAUUUGCAACUUCUAUGGUAAAGCCUGUUGAAUUCGAAAAUAACCAAGGAUUCAGCUUUAAUUUUAAGGCUGAAAAUAAUCCUCCAAGCAAAAUUGAAUUUUCUACAUUUAAACAGCCAACACCCCAGUCUACAUCUUUUGAAAUUAAACCAGAAAAUAUCCAAUUCGAUCCACAUUUUGAUAAGUUCAAUAAUCAAGGGUUUGAUUUCAAAAAUGCAUCGAUUUCUUCUAGCUUCCAAAAUGACUUCUUUAAGACUGAAGCAACAAAUAAGCCAAAGAGCUCAGCACUUGAUUUUGAUUUUGACUAG